AUGCUUUCUGUAAGAAUAUGUCCAAUCCUAUCUUUAAGUGAUGAAUAUCUAAGCUUCCUCACGUGCGCUCAGCCUAGCGCGAGCCGCGCCUCUCCAGGUCUCAACGUCUUAACUGCUGUUCAUCGUCAGGGCUCCAAGACAGCGAGCCAUGUUCCUUCUUCUGCUGCUUCUUACUGGACUUGGUGGGAUGAACGCAGGCCUCAAUCACUUUUAUCUUCAGCUUCUCUUAUUCAUUUUUAUGACAAAAAUGACAUCCAACAUUCUAAACCUCUGCUAGUUCAGAUGAAUUGCGAUUAUAAUGGAUAUGUUGCGGGUAUUCCAAAUUCUCUUGUGACUCUCAGCACAUGUUCAGGACUCAGGGGAACAAUACAGUUGAGAAACAUCUCAUAUGGAAUUGAACCAAUGGAGGCUGUAUCAGGAUUUAUACACAAGAUUUAUGAAGAAAAGUAUGAUAAUACUAAUAUUCUUUCAGAAGAAAAUGACACUUAUUCUUGGUUUAGUUCAGAGUAUCAAGUCAGAAAAAGUCCAGAAAAAACGGACUUUAUUAAGUUAUUCCCUCGAUAUCUUGAAAUGUAUAUUGUUGUGGACAAAAAUCUGUUCAAACCAGUUAAUACAAUUUGUAGGAAAUCAGUUGAUAAAGAAUGUGAUUUCACUGAAUUUUGCAAUGGGAACCUUUCACAAUGCAUGCCUGACACUUAUGCACGCAAUGGAGAAUAUUGUGAUUCGGGUGCAGCCUACUGUUUUAAUGGAAAGUGUCGGAGUUUUGACAAACAAUGUGAAGAGUUACUUGGAAAAGGUGCAACAGGUGCUCCGAUUUUCUGUUUUGAUGAAAUAAAUACCAGAGGAGACAACUUUGGAAACUGUGGCAGAGAACAUUGUAUUUUUCAACAUAUUCUAUGUGGAAAAUUAGUCUGUUCAUGGGAACACAGAGAUUUGAUAACACGUCCAAAUUUAUCUGUGAUUUACGCACACGUACGAGAUGAAAUAUGUGUGUCUACAGUUCUACCCAGGAAAAAGCCAGUUCCAGAAAAUCCACCUAGUUCAGCCACAAUGUAUUAUCAAGUUGAAGACAGAGAUGAAACAUUUGUACAAGAUGGUUCCAUGUGUGGUCCUGAAAUGUACUGUUUAAAUAUGAGCUGUAAACAUGCUAGAUUCCUGAUGGAUUUGAAUUUGUGUAAUUUUUCUGUUGAUUGCAAUCGUCAUGGAGUUUGCAAUAAUUUUGGCCAUUGCCAUUGUGAAAACGGCUAUAAUCCUCCUCACUGCAAACCAAAAAAAGGAGCGUUUGGAAGUAUUGAUGAUGGUCACUUAGUCAUACAAGCAUUGACGUUGUUUACUGAGAAAAAGUAUGGCCAAUGUUAG